AUGUACCUGGUCACAGUGCUUGGAAACCUGCUAACCAUCCUGGCCAUCAGCUCUGACUCCCACCCCCAUACCCCCAAGUACUUCUUCCUUCCCCAUUUCUCUUUGGCUGAUAUUUGCUUUAUCUCCACCACAGUCCCAAAAAUGAUUGUGGACAUCCAAACUCAGAUCACAAUUGUGGCCAUCUGUCACUCCUUGCAUUACUUAGUCAUCAUGAACCCUCACCUCUGUGGCUCUUUAGUUUUGGUGUCUGUUUUGUUUAGCCUUUUUGAAUCCCAGCUCCACCACUUGAUCAUCUUACAAUUUUCCUACUUCAAGAAUGUGGACAUUUCAAAUUUUUUUUGUGACCCUUCUCAACUCCUUAGUCUUGCUUGUUCUGAUAAAUUUACCAACAACAUAGUCAUGUAUUUUAUUGGAGUCAUCUUUGGAUUUUUCCCCAUCUCAGGGAUCAUUUUCUCUUACUAUAAAAUUGUUUCAUCCAUUCUUAGAAACCCAUCUGCAGGUGGAGAGUACAAAGCCUCCUCCACCUGUGGUUCUCACCUGGCAGUUGGUGGCUUAUUUUAUGGAACAGCCAUUGGAGUGUGUCUUGAUUCUGCUACCUCACAUUCUCCCGGAAAGGGUGUGGUGGCCUCAGUGUUAUAUACUGUGGUCACUCCCUGUUGA